AUGGACUAUAACUUCGAGUUUCCGCCGAAGACGGGAGCCUCUCGUGAAGCCGACUCGCUAGGAUCAGCGAUAGAUAGUAGUGCGCGCAGAGACUACUUCAAGAAGCAAGAGCAAGCUCGAAUCUUGCAGAUGCAAGACAUGUGGUGGCCAAACAAUCAGCACCCAGCUCCUCUACGUGAAAUACAGGUUGGGGAAGAAGCCGCUAGCACUGACUACAUCCACCAACGGGAGAGACUGAAGAAAGGCUUGAUGAAUCUGGGCAAGCAGGCAGAGAGGAACCCGACGAGCGAUUAUGCUAGCACAAUGGCCGGGCUCAACACCCUCCGUCUAGACAUAGACACUGUCCGCCCACGUCGAGAUGCCCAUGUUCCUCAGGUGCCACCCGGGUUCGAGAAAACCUUUCCUACACCACCCACGCGUCCAGCCCAGCAGCGCGCUAUGUCGACCCUGAAUGCGAAUGCACCGCCCUACCGCACCGCCUAUUCUUCUCAUGUCCCGCCGCGCGCCAUGAACGACUCUCCUAGUGCACCCAGUGUCGCUACAGCCGCCAACCUUCGCGUCAGUGACCCGGACAAUGUGCAGCUUGCGGUCCCCGAGAUUGCCACGAGCGUCACGCAAAAGAAGCCAAUCAAACAAGAGUUUUCUGGCCCUUUCUUCAUGGAUACUAUGCCAACUUCUCACGCACCCACGACGCCAUUGGCCCCCUGUCUGGCCGAAGAAGAGAAGCUCCAAGCAUGGUGGACGGAUGGCCAGCGUCCCGCACGACAACAGGAGUACUACAAGACUAUCAUGUCAACAUCGACCACAAUCCGGGCCCGCAACGCUACUCUCGCGCCUGGAGGACCGGUUUCGAGGGGCGGCAAUCACAAGGUCGCUGAUCGCCUCCUUAUUCCGCUGAUCGAAAAUCUUCGAGAGUAUGUGGACGAGAUGAACAACAGCCAGAGCGGCGGACGGGACUACUUUACACGCUCGUUUGUCCCUCCACCGCAGUAUGCAGUCGAUAGGAGUGGCAGCGGAAGUCACACGUUUUUCGGCGAAGACUGCGGGGCAACGCCGCUGCGGAUCGGACGAGACCCCAGAUACACUGGAUACAGCGGAGCUCGGCAGGCCGUUGGUGUCGGUGGGAGCGUGAGCAUGAGGGGAGCAGGGAAUGAGGGUUCGAUGGCAUUCCAGCGACUUGGCAUUGAGGAGAGGUGGGAAAGACUUAAGUAUGAACGAAAGUUUGGUAGAGCGGACAGACUGUGGAACUAAUACACGGAGUGAGCGCGAGUGGUCAUGGCGAUUUCCUUUUUUCAACAUCUUCAUAUUUGCAAUGGCGAGGCGUUGGCGGCUCAGGGAUGACGGAUUAAUGAUAGGGGCACGCUGAGGGUGCCGGUGCAUGAAAACAGGGGAGAAAAUUUUUUCCUCUUUCUUUUCUUUUUUGCUCAACGACAUCAUCUGUGUGUCUACCUUCCGCUUUCCACCGCCUGAGGAGAGUGGAUCCUUUACGAGGUUCCUCUCCGUGGUUGUAGCCGGUAGGGCUUCUCGAGGCUUGGGCGGAGCCCCGACACCGCGGGAGGGUGGCGGAGCAGGAGCAGGUGGAGCGUGCAUAAUCCGGGUGCAUAGUAUACCCCUUGAAGCGUUAAGAAUGGCACAGUAGACUACCAGGAAAGACACUCCGGCUUCUCCCCGGACUGGAUAGCCGGCGCUAUCUGAUG